UUCACGCGACUCUGAACUGCUCUUCGGCUGGAUUUCGGGAAUCGAUGAACGGGAGUCGGUUCACUCGCAACUUCACCAUCCAAACUGCUGGAGCCAUUGAAAUGAUUGCGACUUGUUUUCCCAUCUGGACUAAGAGCAUAAAAUGAAUACCUGCGCAUUUCUCUUGAUUCUGGCUGUUCAGAUUCACGCCGAUAGCGUUGAGGGACCAACAGCUGGCUGUACGUUUGAUGAGGACUCUGACCCCAGUCUGUGCGAGUUUAGUCAAGGGGAGGAGGAUGACUUUGAUUGGCAGCUGUUCCGUGCCCAUGCCUCGCAGCACUCCACCUCUGAUCUUAUGCGUGGCUCCUACAUGUUGGUCAACUCCUCCCAGCAUGCAGCGGGGCAGAGGGCUCAGCUUCUGCUUCAGACACUAAGUGAAAACGACACGCACUGCGUCCAAUUCAGCUACUUCCUGUACAGCAGAGACGGCCACAGCCCAGGGGCACUGCGGGUUUAUGUGCGGGUCAAUGGUGGGCCGCUUGGCAUUCCCGUGUGGAACAACUCAGGCUCGCGUGGACGACAGUGGCACCAGGUGGAACUGGCAGUCAGCACAUUCUGGCCAAACGAGUACCAGAUAUUGCUGGAGGCAACUGUGGACCGUCAAGGCUACAUUGCUGUUGAUGACAUACUCCUGUUGAACUACCCCUGCUAUAAAGCCCCUCAUUUCUCCCGUCUGGGUGACGUGGAAGUCAAUGCUGGACAAAACGCCACUUUCCAGUGUGUGGCAGCAGGCCGUCCAUCUGAAGCAGAAAAGUUCUUAUUAGAGCGGCACAAUGGUGAAGUGUCGUCAGGUGCUUCUGUCAAGCACUUGGGUCGCAAUCGCUUUGCGGUGUCCUUUCAACUAGAGGACAUCCAGAAGCCAGAGCAGGACCUGUACCGCUGCGUCACACAAUCCUCCAGAGGCUCCGGCGUCUCCAACUUUGCUGAACUCAUUGUCAAAGUACCCCCGUCUCCCAUUGCUCCGCCUCAGCUGCUGAGGGCCGGGUCCACCUAUCUGAUCAUUCAACUCAACACCAACUCCAUCCUGGGUGAUGGCCCCAUCAUCCGGCGGGAAAUCGAAUAUCGGGCCAGCCAGGCACCCUGGUCAGAGAUCCUUGGAGUCAACAUGGUCACCUAUAAGCUCUGGCACCUGGACCCAGAUACUGAGUACCACAUCAGUGUGCUGCUCUCCAGGCCAGGCGAGGGUGGGACUGGGCCACCUGGACCACCCCUCAUCAGCAAAACGAAAUGUGCAGAACCCAUGCGGGCACUGCGUGGUCUUAGAGCCUCAGAGAUUCUGUCCCGUCAGCUGACCUUGCAGUGGGAGAUGCCGGCCUUCAACCUGACCCGCUGCCAUACAUUCUCUGUCUCCUUGUGCUACCGCUACACGACCGCAGGGGGCGGCGGUGGGCAUAACACCACCGUCAGAGAGUGCCUGGCUGUGGAGCACAACACCUCCCGCUUCACCCUCAGAGAUCUGCCCCCUUAUCACACUAUCCAAAUACGCCUGGCACUUGCCAACACCGAGGGCAAGAAGGAAGGGAAGGAGGUCACGUUUCAGACUGAGGAGGACAUUCCUGGUGGCAUUGCUCCUGAGUCUCUUACCUUCACCCCCUUGGAAGAUAUGAUCUUCCUCAAGUGGGAGGAGCCAGUGGAACCCAACGGCCUCAUCACGCAGUAUGAGAUUAGCUACCAGAGCAUUGAAUCUUCAGACCCAGGGAUCAACGUUCCAGGCCCGCGGCGCACUGUAUCCAAGCUGAGGAACGAGACUUACCAUAUGUUCUCCAACCUGCAUCCUGGCACCACCUAUCUAAUCUCUGUUCGGGCGCGCACUGCCAAGGGUUUUGGCCAAACAGCUCUCACUGAGAUAACCACCAAUAUUUCUGCUCCUACGUUUGAUUAUGGGGACAUGCCAUCACCCCUGAGUGAGACCGAAAGCACCAUUACAGUUCUGCUACGUCCAGCUCAAGGCCGCGGAGCUCCUGUUAGUACGUAUCAAGUGGUUGUGGAGGAGGAAGCCAGCAGGAAGGUGAAGAGAGAGCUUGGUGUUCAGGAAUGCUUCCCCAUUCCUACCUCUCAUGGUGAGGCCCAGGCGCGUGGAGCUCCAAACUACUACACAGCCGAACUGCCACCGAGCAGCCUGCCCGAGGCCACACCCUUUACUGUGGGGGACAACCACACCUACAAUGGCUACUGGAACAGCCCCCUAGACCCCAGGAAGAACUACCUCAUCUACUUCCAGGCCAUGAGCAACUUCAGAGGGGAAACAAGGAUAAACUGCAUCCGCAUCGCCCGUAAAGCUGCCUGUAAAGACCACCAGCGAGCUCUGGAGGUCACUCAGCGCUCAGAGGAGAUGGGACUGAUCCUGGGAGUAUGUGCCGGUGGGCUGGUGGUCCUAAUUCUGCUACUGGGGGCCAUUAUCAUAAUCAUCAAAAAAGGAAGGGAUUACUACUCAUACUCUUAUUAUCCUAGGAAGCCGGGGAACAUAAAUAAGACCCCCAUUACAUACAGGCAAGAGAAGAGUAAUAUGAUGGGCUCCAUGGAGCGCAGUUUCACUGAUCAGAGCACUCUGCAAGAGGACGAGAGGAUGGCCUUGUCAUUUAUGGACACCCACACAUGCAGCACCCGCAGUGAUCCACGGAGCUCCAUGAAUGAGUCCAGUAGUCUGCUGGGUGGAUCGCCCAGACGGCAGUGCGGGCGUAAAGGAUCACCCUAUCACACGGGUCAGCUUCACCCAGCAGUUCGAGUGGCUGACCUCCUGCAACACAUCAAUCAGAUGAAAACAGCAGAGGGCUACGGCUUUAAACAGGAGUAUGAGAGCUUCUUUGAUGGCUGGGAUAUCAAUAAGAAGAAGGAUAAAACUAAAGGCAGAUGCGAUACACUGAUGGGUUAUGACCGCCACAGGGUGAAAUUGCACCCACUGCUCGGGGAUCCCAACUCCGACUAUAUCAACGCCAAUUACAUCGAUAUUCGGAUAAACAGGGAAGGUUACCAUCGAUCCAACCACUUCAUCGCCACUCAGGGGCCCAAGCAGGAGAUGGUGUAUGACUUUUGGAGGAUGGUUUGGCAAGAGAACUGCUUCAGUAUUGUCAUGAUCACCAAGCUAGUGGAGGUGGGCAGGGUGAAAUGCUGUAAGUAUUGGCCGGAUGAGUCUGAGAUGUACGGAGACAUAAAGAUUACACUGCUGAAGACGGAAACUCUGGCAGAGUACACAGUGCGAACUUUCGCCCUGGAGCGGAGGGGCUACUCCGCCAAGCACGAAGUGUGCCAGUUUCACUUUACAUCAUGGCCUGAGCACGGAGUCCCGUACCACGCCACGGGUCUGCUAGCCUUCAUUCGCCGUGUCAAAACUUCCACCCCACCUGAUGCUGGACCUGUUGUGGUUCACUGCAGUGUUGGAGCGGGCCGAACUGGCUGCUAUAUUGUGCUGGAUGUGAUGCUUGACAUGGCAGAGUGUGAAGGAGUGGUGGACAUCUACAACUGCGUGAAGACCCUCUGCUCACGGCGCAUCAACAUGAUCCAGACAGAGGAGCAGUACAUAUUUAUUCACGAUGCUAUUCUGGAGGCGUGCCUGUGUGGGGAGACGACUAUCCCGGUUAAUGAGUUCGCCAUCGCUUAUAAAGAGAUGCUUCAGGUUGAUUCUCAGAGCAACUCCUCACAGCUUCGAGAAGAGUUUCAGACACUAAACUCUGUGACACCACAUCUGGAUGUUGAGGAGUGCAGCAUCGCACUGUUACCACGAAACCGGGAGAAGAACCGAAGCAUGGAUGUUCUCCCACCGGACCGGGCCUUGGCAUUCCUGGUGACCACUGAGGGCGAGAGCAACAACUAUAUUAAUGCUGCCCUGAUGGACAGUUUCCACCGGCCUGCUGCCUUCAUCGUAACCCCCCACCCGCUACCUGGCACGACGUCCGACUUCUGGAGGCUGGUGUUUGACUACGGCUGCACCUCUGUGGUCAUGCUGAAUCAGCUGAACCAGUCCAACUCUGCCUGGCCUUGUGUGCAGUAUUGGCCUGAACCUGGUCUUCAGCAGUAUGGUCCUAUGCAAGUGGAGUUUCUGUCUAUGUCUGCAGAUGAGGACAUCAUCACCCGUCUUUUCCGGGUCAAAAAUGUGACAAGACUGCAGGAGGGUCAGCUGGUCGUGUGCCAGUUCCAGUUCCUGCGCUGGUCGGCAUAUCGUGACGUACCUGACUCCAAAAAGGCCUUCCUCAACCUGCUAGCCAGUGUGCAGAAGUGGCAGAGGGAGUGUGGGGAAGGUCGUACCGUGGUCCACUGCCUGAAUGGUGGUGGCCGCAGUGGAACAUACUGUGCCAGUAACAUCCUGAUGGAGAUGAUCCAAUACCAAAACAUGGUGGAUGUCUUCUAUGCUGUCAAAACCCUUCGUAAUGCUAAGCCCAACAUGGUAGAGACACUGGAGCAGUAUCGUUUCUGUUAUGAACUGGUUUUGGAGUAUUUGGACUGCUUGGAGGUCAGAUAGCGGACUCCCCCUCCCCAUCCCAGCCCAAGCUAACCACCAUGCAUGAAGCAGGACCACUGGCAGACUCACUUUCAUAGCCUGAUCUCCCUUUGCACUUCACUCCCCUUCUUUCUGUCAUCUUUCUCAAUGAGGAAGGAGAUGAUGCAAAGACAAACCCAGGGAGUAGAGUUUUUUUCACAUUCACCCCAAACAUCUAAACUUGCUACACUCUGUUGUCAUGGCUAUUUUUGUUUUUGAGUAUUUUUUAAGCAUAUUGUUUCCUUAGAGCUGUGAGCAAUUCUGCAAAAAUGUUCCAAAGCCUGGCUUGGUGCAGUGUGUUUGGUUUACCUCUGCUUACAGAGACUGUGAGCUGUUUCUAAAAACAGCAGAUUUACUUUUACACCUGCCUGUUACUCUCUGGCUGACUGGACUGAAGAGCCGAAAUAAACAUCAGUUGGAGGAGGUCUCUUCAUGUGCAGCUCAGUAGAGCUAAGAGUCUAGCGUCUGUACCAUGGCCCUUAAAAGGAGUCAGGCACCUGCCAUGUCCUUUAAAAGGAGCCAAAUGGAAAACACACACACACACACACACAUGCAUGUACAAACGCUCAUAUACACACUUACACACUGAACCAACCAGCAGACAGAUUUCCAUCAACUGCCUAUCAAGACAUUGAUGCCUUCACUUCAACUGUGUGACCAGUGUUGAACGUAAGGCCUUGGGACUGCAUAGCAAUCGCAGUGUUUUAAACUAUUGCCUCUGAAGAGCGACCCUAUUGGUACUUCUAUCAACUGGAUACUGAGUUUGUUCCUUUGUACAUGGUGCCAUAUGUCUCAAGAGGAUUGUCGGCGGAAAACGUGGCUACCCCACUGUGACUUUCCUUGUAGUGGCUGUUGUCUUUUUUCCACUCACCUGUAUAUAAACUUAAUGUCUGCUUGAAAUCCCUUAAUUCUUAAGGUGUAAGUCUCAAGUACUAACAGUGGCCCUGUGUGCUUAAAGCAAAGGAAGUACAUUAGCAAAGGGGCAGACGUGAUGGCAUUCUUAAGCUGGCGAUGGAUUACAGCCUGACCUUUAUCUUCUCCUCAAUAGUUUUGAGAGAGCGCCGUUAAUAGUCUUUUUACAACAGUGCUGAAAACGGGAACAGAGGUGAUGCAGUGUCGGAGGUGGAGAAAAGGACGAAAACAAUCUGCUUCUUUUCACUUAUAACUAUUUAUCUGACUGACUUGUGUACUUUGAGUGGAUUUUGUUUAACAAUUGUGAGUGUACAACAGAAUCCUGGGCUCAAAAUUCUUCAAAGCAUCCCUUUAAUUUUACACGUCCACAGUCAAUUUCUGUUCCAUUUCAACAUGUCAUCAGUUUUAUUUGGUGUUUUCCUCUAAUAGCCUGAUAAAACAGAUAGUUAACAGUCUGCUGGUGCUUUCCUGUAAGAGGAGACAGCCAUGCGUUAAGUGAUAAAAAUGCUAAGUACCAAUUUAAACUAUUUACCGCUAUUUAAGCUGAAGUGUGUAAUUUUUGCGCCCCUAGUGUCACUAAAAGUAAUUGCAAACAUUUUUUCAAACAGGUCUCCCUAUCACUCCCCCUGUUUCCUAUUUGUUGAACAAACAGAUAGUCCCACCCCAAUCUCAAGUCAUUUCUUGAGCCAAUGUUGCUGUGUCAGACUGGACGGAUGCUCAAAUGACAGAGCAAUGUUUUGAUAGUGCCACAGAGCCAGUGUUUACCCUUUUUUUUUUUUUUUUUUUUUUUUUUUUAAGAAAUCAGUCUAAAAAUGGCUUACUUAAUAGUUUUAUGCAUAUUAAGCUGAGAAAGGAGAAAGUAUACUAUUUUGACAUUAACAAAAAUCACACUUCAGCUUUAAUGUACAAUAGUUUCAACAAGCACAAAAUCAAACAGUCAGAGAAUAUCUACUCUAAUCAGUAUUAGACACACACUUCACUCAAAUUGUUAUGACCCCAACUGUGAAAUGUAGUAAAUUGCCAUAUCAGCAAAAUGCCAAGUUAGCAAACCACAAAAGCGUGCUCCCAAUGAGUUCAUUACUCUUCAUACAGCAUCUCAGAUGUCAGCUUACCCCAGUCCACACUGAGUGACAGCUCAUCACAGCCUGAAAUGCCUGAUGGUGUUAACAAGCUAGUUAAGAUAGAGCAGUCUGUGAUCAGAUAUGGGUGCUAAUAACAGUGUUGUCACUUAUUUCAGUACAAUGCUUUAGAUCAUUGGAUUUUUUUGGGAAAGUGCCUGGACACUCAAAUUUACAGUGGAAAGUAUGUGUACAUAUAGAUGUAUAUUUGUGUUUUGUGAAUAGUUUGUGAAUAAAGCUUGUUUGGACAGAUUUUAAAAGUAAUAGAAAGAGUUGAAUGUACUGUAUACUGUAAGACCUUCUAUUUUCUAAAUAUGCCGCAAGAAGAUCUGACACAUCUGCAGUCAAAUGCGGAUGAUCUCUAAAAGCCAUUCCAAAGUCGCCCCUUCAGAAGGCCCAUUUAGUCACUUUAAAUGAUUCUCUUAUGAUUUUUUUUUUUUGCCAUGCUCAUUCCAAAGACAUUAGCCAUCUUAUAAUUGUAGUCACCUCCACUAAAACCGCAUAACUGUUCCUAGUGUCUCGCUUUAAGAGAGCAGGGGACUUUUGCCUUGUGCUGAAACAACUGUAGAGCCAGGUCCUUGUUUUUUGUGCGUUUUGUUUGUUUAUUUGUUUCCUUCCAAGUGUUUCUGUAUUAUACUGAAUGAACUGAAAAAGAACUGUGUUUUUGACCAUGUGUUUGUCGGACAGGAAGAGGACAUGGAAGCCAUGGGGAACUGAGGGUUGGGGUGGGAUGGGGUGUUCAAACAAUAAUAAAAUGU